AAUUUAUAAUUCGUCAAACCCCCCCUCUCUCUCUCUCUCCUCUCCCACAUUCUCUCGAAACCCUAGAACCGUUUUGUCCUGUUUUUCUCCUCUAAUUUAGAUUCGAUUCUCUGAAUCUCUAUGAAAUUUCUCCAAAUUUUCGAAUCUAGGUUUGAUUCGAUGAUUCGUUUCAUGAACAAACCCUAGUUCUUUUUCUCGAAUUUUUUGAAUUUUUUUUUGAGCUAAAAAUUGAACCCUAUGGAGGGCUCUGUGGCUAUUCCGGAUGAUCUCGGAGUCCCGCCGGAGUCAUGGGAGGUAGCUGACGUGGACGCUAGUAUGCGGCGGCUUAUACUUUCUUCUUCGAAAAAGGAUUCCGAUUCUUCUGUCAAUAGUAAUAGUAAUCAAUCUGAGCUGCUUGAUUCCUCGUCUUCGGCUUUGGCCCGUGCUGGUUCGGGUGGUGUGUCGGAGGAUAUGGUUAACACCGUCGAUCAGUUUCUUCGUGAGGCUUUACAAAACCCUAGAGAGCGGCUUUCCGUUCUGAGGAUGGAGCAGGAUGUUGAAAAGUUCAUCAGGGACCCUGGCCGACAGCAGAUGGAAUUCCAGCAGCUGCCUACUUCCUAUUUGCGACUGGCUGCUCACCGUGUGGCACAGCACUAUUCACUACAAUCAAUGGUUUUGUUGGACAAUAGUCUACCGGAUGGCUCGGGUUCCAGAAUUAUUGUGCGCAAGACUUCUGAAUGUCGGAUGCCUUUGAUUCGCUUGGCUGACAUCCCGGUGAAUUUGCCUCAAGGAGAUACUGGCGUUGUUAAGGUUGCCAUUAAGCAGAGGCCACAGAAAGGUUCACAGUUUGCAGGUUCUUCAAAUUCAAAUUCAUCAAAGGGAAAUUCUGCCAAAAGUGUUGAGGAAAGAAAGGAGGAAUAUAAUAGGGCUCGAGCACGUAUUUUUAACUCUAAUAGUUUAAGUGGGAGCUCCAAUGUAAAACCUGAAACUGAAUCAAGGUCACAGGAUACAUUUCAGUAUGGUUCAAUAGGCAUACCACAGCUAGAAGAAAAAACUAGUCUAGCUGGCGGUUCUGAUUUGAAUACUGGGCGGGGUCUGAUUGAUUCUUCGACAAGUAGCAGUAGAUCAGCUAGAAGUAGGACAGAAAAGGAGCCAGUUGGUAGAUCUAAAUCUAAUAAUAAGGUGGCUAUCUUUCGCGAUCGGGAAAUUGACCGGAAGGACCCAGAUUAUGACAGGAGUUAUGACAGAUACAUGCAAAGGUUUGAUCCUGGGUUUGGAUUUACUGGUGGCCCAUAUACAAUUCAGCCCAUGUACGCUCCUGCAAUAAACUACAACACUGAAUUUCCCCAGCUUGGUGCAGCACUUCGGUCUCCCAUUUCUGCUGAAAACCAACCUCGUCCACUUCCUCAACAUUUACCUGGGCCUUGGGCAGCAUCAGCGACUCCUGGCAUUGGUUAUGGUCCGGCAGAUAGCAUGAUGCCUCCCCCUUUUAGUCACAAUCAUGUUAGUGCACGCUCAAGCACAGCUAUAUAUUUGCAUUCAACGCAGUAUCCUUGUCAGCGUCCUGGAAUGACUUUUAUCCAUCCUCACGAGCAGGUUCACCAACCCUUCUCACAGCCUCAUCAACUGCAACCUGAUGGUUUUGGAUUAGCCCGGCCCCGGUGAGGGGCACGGGCCAUGCCUGCAUCCUGCGACGUACAAUUCAGCAUCUUGAGGGGGGUGCUGAGCGGAAAAAUGUUGCAAAUCGCGGGGUGCAGGCAUGAACAACUGAGACCUGUUGGAGUAGAUUGUUCAGCUUGCAAUAUUUUCCGAAUCCAUCCACCAGUCUCAGUUUUAUGGAGCCUCCUGCAUUGCUGAGGAUGCUCAUAUGUCCUGACAGUUCCAUUGCAUGGAUGGGCACUCAGCUCUAUUGCCAUGGAAUCAUGACAACGAUGAUGAUGACGACAAAUGAAAUCAGCAAGAGUUCAGAGCUGGCAAUAUAAGAAGUUUUAUCGGUUUUAGCCUCAUCAAAGCUCCAAGAAGAAAGACAAUACGGUUAGAGAUUUUGAGUAAAUAGUGUCAACAGGACAUGCAAUCUUUAAGCAAUUGGUAGCUUUGGUGCCAGACUGACAGUGAUAAUACAGAGCUCUGAAUACGGGAUAUUCCUCUGAAGCAAUGUCCAGGAGAGACUCUGCAGAUAAUGUAUUUAAAUGGAAAGUGUUUUCCCUUUUACCGCUUUUCUUGUUUGGACAGAAUAUUCGUGUACUUUGUCUUUCGCUGACUAGUUUGUAACUGAAGCAUUUUGUUUGGUCAGAACUCCUUCGUCGCUCUUGACCAAAAUGAUAAUGAUCCUAACUGGCGACUGCGCCAGUAUUCCCCUGGGUUGAUAUA